AUGCAAGAAGAUUGUUUAGUUAUGAAUAUAUUCGUUCCUGAUACUGAACAAGAGAAUCUACCAGUGAUGGUAGAUAUUCACGGCGGGGCCUAUUAUUCCGGGUUGGGCAAUGCUCAUAGAUUCACAGACUUCGCAGCGUUAAACAACGUUAUAGUGGUCACUUUUAACUACCGUAUUGGGCUACUUGGGUUCUUAUGUUUGGGCACUGAGAAAAUUCCCGGCAAUGCCGGUAUGAAGGAUCAAAUUACAGCCCUUCGCUGGGUAAAACGGAAUAUCGCUACUUUCGGUGGUGAUCCCAAUGACGUAACAAUAACUGGAUGUAGUGCAGGCGGUUCUUCUGUUGACUUAUUGCUUGUAUCAAAAAUGUCCGAAGGUCUAUUCAAUAGGGCUAUACCUGACAGUGGCUCUAAUCUUGGAUCGUUUACAGUUCAAUUCGAUCCAAUUGCAAACUCAAAGCAAAUACCCAAAAUUUUAAUUUUACUAAUUUCAAUAGUUUGGAACAGCUAG